CGGGAGGCAGGCACCCGGAGCAAGGUGUAGGGGAGCCCGGACCAGUGGAGUCCAGAGGCGGGGCGGAGAGUGACCCGGCCCAGGCGGCGGGCUCCCAGCGAAGCGCUAAAUCGGGUCAAGCUUCCUUCUUCCCUCCCCGCCCCUUCUUCUCCUCCCACCUGGGCCUCUGCGUGGAGACGCGCACCUGGCAACCGGCAGCCGCGCUCCGCCGCGUCCCCGCCUUCUUGGCUUGGGCCGGGCGCCCACAGCCUGACCCGCACGCACCCCGAGCCGAUCUCCGGCCCUCGGCGCCGCGCUCGCUGGUGGCGUCCUCGAGCCCUCGCUCGUUGAUGCCGUUUUGGGGGUGACCCGGCGCGGCGGCGGCGCCUCCAUGGUGGGGGCGUGUUAGUGGCCGCGGCUCUGCUGGACGUCGAGUGCGCGGCUGCAGGGUGAAGGACAGCCAGCCAGAGAGACCCCGCGCGCAGUUCAGGUUUCGGGGUGCUGGAGGCAGCCACGGCGGCGCGGGAGCGCGAGAUGUUGGAGCUGAGACACCGGGGAGGCUGCCCCGGCCCCGGGGGAGAGGUGGCGUCGCCACCCCACGAAGGAGAGGCGGCCGGCGGCGAUCACGAAACCGAGAGCACUAGUGACAAAGAAACAGAUAUUGAUGACAGAUAUGGAGAUUUGGAUUCCAGAACAGAUUCUGAUAUUCCAGAAAUCCCACCAUCCUCAGAUAGAACCCCUGAGAUCCUCAAGAAAGCUCUAUCUGGUUUAUCUUCAAGGUGGAAAAACUGGUGGAUUCGUGGAAUUCUUACUCUAACUAUGAUUUCAUUGUUUUUCCUGAUUAUCUAUAUGGGAUCUUUUAUGCUGAUGCUUCUUGUUCUAGGCAUCCAAGUGAAAUGCUUCCAUGAAAUUAUCACUAUAGGUUAUAGGGUCUAUCGUUCUUAUGACCUGCCAUGGUUUAGAACCCUAAGCUGGUACUUUCUACUGUGUGUAAACUACUUUUUCUAUGGAGAGACUUUAGCUGAUUAUUUUGCUACAUUUGUUCAAAGAGAAGAGCAACUUCAGUUCCUCAUUCGCUACCACAGAUUUAUAUCAUUUGCCCUCUAUCUGGCAGGUUUCUGCAUGUUUGUGCUGAGCUUGGUGAAGAAACAUUAUAGGCUGCAGUUUUAUAUGUUCGCAUGGACUCAUGUCACUUUACUGAUAACAGUUACUCAGUCACAUCUUGUCAUCCAAAAUCUGUUUGAAGGCAUGAUAUGGUUCCUUGUCCCAAUAUCAAGUGUUAUCUGCAAUGACAUCACUGCUUACCUUUUUGGAUUUUUUUUUGGGAGAACUCCAUUAAUUAAGUUGUCUCCUAAAAAGACUUGGGAAGGAUUCAUUGGCGGUUUCUUUUCCACGGUCGUGUUUGGAUUCAUUGCCGCCUAUGUGUUAUCCAAAUACCAGUACUUUGUCUGUCCGGUGGAAUACCGAAGUGACGUCAACUCCUUCCUUACAGAAUGCGAGCCCUCAGAACUUUUCCAGCUUCAGAGUUAUUCGCUUCCUCCCUUUCUAAAGGCAGUGCUGAGACGGGAAACAGUGAGCUUGUAUCCUUUCCAGAUACACAGCAUUGCUCUUUCAACGUUUGCAUCUUUGAUUGGCCCAUUCGGAGGCUUUUUUGCCAGUGGAUUCAAAAGAGCUUUCAAAAUCAAGGACUUUGCAAACACCAUUCCUGGACAUGGCGGGAUAAUGGACAGAUUUGAUUGUCAGUAUCUGAUGGCAACGUUUGUGCAUGUAUACAUCACAAGUUUCAUAAGGGGUCCAAAUCCCAGCAAAGUGUUACAGCAGUUGUUGGUGCUUCAACCAGAACAGCAGUUAAACAUAUAUAAAACUCUGAAGACUCAUCUCAUUGAGAAAGGAAUCCUACAGCCUGCAUUGAAGGUAUAACUGGUUCCAGAGAAGGGAAGGACUGAACUGACAACAAGGAAUUCUACAGAAAAACACUGACGGAUACAAUUUUGUAAAUGUACAGAAAAUGGUUAAAAAUGCAAUAGAUUGAAGAUUUACAGACAUGAAUGUUUCUUCUCUGAAAUUACUGUGAAUAUUUAACACUUACUUGAUCUACGUUAUGAAUUAAGUAGCAAAUUAUCUUCAAAAUGUCCUGUACUUUUCCUAAAGUGUAUUUUCUGAUGUCAACUUCCUUCCCCUUACUUGCCAUUUUCAUAAUUUAAAAGACUUGCAUUUUAGAGUCAAACACUGUAAAAUGAGUAAAUUGAGGAUGUCUUACGAUUGCACCUGGCAGUGUGCCCUUUGCACAAAUAUUUACUUUUGCACUUGGAGCGGCUCUUAAUUUUAACAAAAUGUUUUAUGUAAGGCACAGUAGGAAGUUAGUUCUCCUGCACUUUCUCCUCUUUUAGUCUGAAGUAUUUUCUGAAGGACUGAGUUGGAUCCUUCCCUCACCCCCACUCCCUAAAAAUAAGUAAGUAAUCAUUUGCCAGGAAAAAACAUUCCACUUUUAUAGGUAGGUAUGAAAUUCAAGCGAGGGAAGCUGCAAUUUCUACCAUUAUUGGCUCGCUACAAAGAGCAGACAUCAAACUCUGCUUCCAAUAAAGUUGUUUGGAAAAAUGUCGCAAAAAACUUUUGAAGAGAAACAAAAGAGAAUUCUGCUGUGAAGAACAUAAUGUAGGCAUCAUCCCCAGAUUAUCUCAACAGACGGGUCAGGAGACAGCAUAAGACAGUGACAUGUGGCACAGGCCCCCUUGUGGCCAAGUUCCUUGCUUUUCCUUGUUUCCCUGUGAACUGGUUUCUCUAAGUUCUAUAGCCAUGAGCACAAAGAUCAAUCUGUAGGGUAGUGAGUAGGGAUGGCGGCUGAAGUAGAGAGGGGGUGCUCGGCUGAGCACAAGUGACCCAUGUCCAGAUAAGGCUCUGCGUGCCGGUCCUGGGUGCUUCCCUCCUGGUUCCCUGGGCAGCCCACCAGACACUCACUUGGCAAGAAGGAAGAUCGGCCUGGACACCCAACCCAGACUAACUCCAUGGGAACGGCUCAUCUUUGUCUCAUUCCUCUUUCAUGUCAUGUAAAACCUGAUGACAUCAGCUGAUGUUUUUCUUCCAAGAAUGAAAAUCAAGCAGAAGUGAUUCCCACCGAGAACAAAAAGCACACGAAUGCCAAACCUUUCCUCUGGUGGAGUGGACACUGUAACCAGAUAAAUUUCUUAUCAGUGAAUGUAAAUAAGCUACUGUUGCUGUGGGCUCUCUACAACCAACCAUAUUUAUUGUACUGAAGCAUCAGCAACAAACCUUCGGAGGUUGCCUAUUGCUCUUUGCCUAAAUGUUCAGAGAGGAGAGAAAGAUAUAUUUUAAAGAAUGUUUUGCUAAUGAAAAGAGUAAAUAUUUUUGUUUAAAUCAGAAACAAAUUUCGAUUAUUUUAUAUUUCUGUUCUACUCCUAUACCUACAAUAAAAGAUUGUAGAUA